GGCUCGGCGCGGGGCUCCUCCUCCUCCUGGCAGCGGGGGCACCCGGGCAGGCCGGGCUGGCGUCUCCUUCCAGCCCGGGCGCCCGCCGGGCCUCGGGGAAGGCCGGGUCAGCGCUCGGGGCGGUGGGAGCAGCCUGCGGGCGAGCCUGCCGCCUCGGUGGGCAGCUCCCGUGACCUUGCUUCUGAAAUGCCUCUUAAAGCAGAAAGCGCUCCUCUGGGGUAAUGUAACUGCUCCAGACAGAGGGGCUUGGGGGAGCCCGGUAGUGGCUUUGAUUAUUUUGCCAUUUAAUUCUUACUUUUCUUGCAAGAGGAGUGAGCUGUCUCUGCAGAAUUUCUUUUGAUCUUUAGGGUCUCCGUGUCGCUAGCAGCAUCCAGUUUUACUCCCAAAGCCUGGUUCUUUAUGCCUUUCUACCUGGAGCGGUUCCGUCAAGUUUAACCUGAGCACCACUAAUAACGUGCAAAUACAAAUCCCACUCGAUCGUUUAUGAGCUACAAUAAUGGUUUUCGAAUUUCGAUGUUGUAUGGAACUGGCUUGUUGAAGUCUUUCAGACAAUCGAAAAAUCCUACACGCUUUGGCCUGUCUGACAGUGUAAACACAAAGGAUGUUUUGCUUGUUCGGGGAAGGAAAGUAUUACUUGCCCUAGGGCAUGUGCAUGUGGAAUUGAGCAAGCUUACUCCUCGCAGCUGGGUUUGACUUGCAGCUGGGUUUUACUUACAGGUGUGGGGGCUUAACCAAUGAUGGUCUCGCCGGCCACACAAGACCUGGUCUCGCUUCUGGAGAUGGCAGCAAGUGCACCUCUAGGGCAGAGUGUAUAUGACAUGCAUCUUUAUGUAUUUGCAGGUAUAAUGGCUUAAACUGCCGCGUGAAGAGAAACUGGGCCAAACCUAGUUAAGGAUACUGUCAAACAGGGUGAAGAAAUGUGGUCAGCCUUCAUUGUCAGUAUUACUCACUUGUGGAUGAUGAGGAGAACGGGGUGUCAAUGAAACGUGUUUAUAAAUGUCCAUACUUCUUAAGGCCAGAAGCAGAAUUUGGAUGAAGUGAUCUAACUAAGUUGCCGUCAUGAGCAGAAGCAAGCGUGACAACAAUUUCUACAGUGUUGAAAUUGGGGACUCUACUUUCACUGUAUUGAAACGGUAUCAAAACUUAAAACCAAUAGGAUCAGGAGCACAAGGGAUAGUAUGUGCGGCUUAUGAUGCCAUCCUUGAACGAAAUGUCGCCAUCAAGAAGUUAAGCCGACCAUUUCAGAACCAAACCCAUGCUAAAAGAGCCUACAGAGAGCUUGUUCUUAUGAAGUGCGUUAAUCACAAAAACAUAAUUGGCCUACUGAAUGUGUUCACACCACAAAAAACCCUGGAAGAAUUUCAAGACGUCUACAUAGUGAUGGAGCUCAUGGAUGCAAAUCUCUGCCAAGUGAUUCAGAUGGAACUAGACCAUGAACGAAUGUCCUAUCUUCUUUAUCAAAUGCUGUGUGGCAUCAAACAUCUUCAUUCAGCUGGAAUUAUACAUAGGGAUUUAAAGCCCAGUAAUAUAGUAGUAAAGUCAGACUGCACUUUGAAGAUUCUUGACUUUGGACUGGCCAGAACUGCAGGAACUAGUUUUAUGAUGACGCCUUAUGUAGUGACUCGUUACUACAGAGCACCAGAGGUCAUCCUAGGGAUGGGAUACAAAGAAAACGUGGAUUUAUGGUCUGUGGGGUGCAUUAUGGGCGAAAUGGUUUGCCACAAAAUCCUCUUUCCAGGAAGGGACUACAUUGAUCAAUGGAACAAAGUUAUAGAGCAGCUAGGAACACCAUGCCCUGAGUUUAUGAAGAAAUUACAGCCUACAGUCCGAACUUAUGUGGAGAACAGACCUAAAUAUGCUGGAUAUAGUUUUGAAAAACUGUUUCCAGAUGUCCUUUUCCCAGCUGACUCUGAACACAAUAAGCUUAAAGCAAGUCAGGCAAGGGAUUUAUUAUCAAAAAUGCUGGUUAUAGAUGCUUCUAAAAGAAUCUCUGUGGAUGAAGCCCUGCAGCACCCAUACAUCAAUGUUUGGUAUGAUCCAUCAGAAGCAGAAGCUCCUCCGCCAAAGAUACCAGAUAAGCAGUUAGAUGAGAGGGAACACACGAUAGAAGAAUGGAAAGAGUUGAUAUACAAGGAAGUCAUGGACUUAGAGGAGAGAACCAAGAAUGGGGUUAUACGUGGACAACCAGCCCCUUUAGGUGCAGCAGUGAUCAAUGGCUCUCAACAUCCAUCUUCAUCGUCAUCUGUCAAUGAUGUGUCUUCAAUGUCAACGGAUCCAACAUUGGCCUCUGAUACGGACAGCAGUCUAGAAACCUCAGCUGGACCUCUGGGUUGCUGCAGAUGACUACUUGGUCUUUUGGGGGGUGGGAGGGGGGUCCUUUUAGUCAUUAAUAGGGCACCUUUAAAAUUUGGUGGUAUUUUUGAGUGUUUUUUCAAAAAUAAUCGUAGAAAUCAUAAAGUGCUGUAAUUUUAAACUGUAAGUUGUGUUAAAAGCAGCCACUUUUUUGCUGUACUUAAUUGUAAAAUAUUAAACCUGAUAAUUUUUAUUGUGGUUUUAAAAUCUGCAUAUUUGCUUUACUAUUAUGCUGCUGAUCUUUUUUUACAGAAUUUGUAAGAUUUGUUUUAUCAAAGCACAUAUUAAUGUUGUGGUCAUUACCAUAUAAUGAAUUAUUUAAGAUUUUAUAGGUUUUCAAUUUUUUAAUUAGGAUUUAUUCCAGAUGUUUUGUUCAUGAUAUCCUUCAAAGUUUUAUGCUUGGUCAUACGUCCAUGUCCGGGUGGAGUGGGAGAGAAUUCAGUGCAGCCAGCUGUAGUUGGGCUUGCUACUGUGGUGCUGGCAGUGAACAAAAUCCUCUUUCAUUUUAGCCACUUGCCUAUAAUUCUUCAGCAAGAACAACAAUUAAUAUUUUUAGAGAAACAGUAUACAAUCCUUUGCAAAGUAACCUCAUCUGGCUGGUUUUACAAACUUAAGAAAGCAAAGCAUAUACUGAAAGCUGCAGAAAUACCUAGCCUAACAAAGUAAUGUUUUCUGCAGACUUGUGGCAUGCCAAAUCUUGUGAUCGCCAUAAAACACGAGGAUACUUCAUGAAUAAUACAUUGCAAUGCCAAUAAACAAUUUACUUCUAGCUUGUAGCCUGUUUUCAUACACACAAAACGAAGUGUAUCCAGGAUGUCUAGACUGCCGAGAGGGAAAAUGAAUAUGCUGUAGCUAUGUACUUUCAUGUAAUAUGUGAUUCUUGGGAAUUUUGUUUCUUACUAGUUUUGUCUACCAAGGCAAGUGCUUUUUGGGUAGAAGGGGGACCGACAGGAACGCAAUAGGGGCAAAACUUCAGCUCUUCUUUCUCCACCAAUAGUAACUGAUUGCUGUUGACCAUUAAGUGGUAGGAGAACCUCAGGAUUUCUGUAGCUAAUGCAUGAAGUGAGCAAUAUAUGCCAUCCAAGGGAGGGAGAAGUAGUGCUGUAUAAAUUAAUAUUUAUCUCUUUCAUUUCACCAUGAGACCAGUGUAGCAGAAAUCUUAAUGGUUCAUUUUAAGUCAUAAAUAUUCAGUAGUUUUCAGCACUGAAGCUCCAGGUUUCAAUACGCUUUUUAAACAAAAGGUAUAUCGAAAUAUAUAGAACAGUUACUAAAUAGUCAUGUAAAAUGGUGCUGCUCCUCACAGAAGUAUUUUAACUGUUUACAUUUUAUAUUUACAGAAUGAUUUAUGUAUAACUGACUUAAGUUUAUGUAUGAGUUAAACAAUCAUUCAGAAUUUAUUCCUUUGGAAAAUGCAGAUUUUUAGUAAAGCUAGGCUGUAUAAUUGAAUGCCUUGUGUAGAUGCGUAUUUUGUGUAGUGAAUUAGAAUGUGAAGAGGAAUUUAAAUUAGUAAUGCUCACAAAAACGAGCGUAAGAAAAUACAGAAGUCUUGCCAGGCACAGAGCAUAAGCAAAUAAUACAACUGGCUACAGAGGUCAUCCAGGAAUGACUGAUGCUCGUCAGUGUGGUUCCUUCUGCUUGUUGGGUUAAAUAGGUGUACUUUUGAAGUUCUAAUUGAAAGAGGAAAAUUUGUCUUUGCAGGAAGUUUCGGAAAAACAGAAGCGAUAGUAAUGCUUUCAAUAUCUAACAUGUCUUUUUAAAAAACAUACAGGGUUACAAGGAAUGGUAAUGUCUCAAAGAUGGCUAAACUGAUAAACUGCACAGUUAUUUUCCUGGCCUGGCUAGACUGCUGGUAAGUGCUGUGUGCGUGUAAAGUUGCUUUCCUCGCUUGUAUCUAAUAUUUCAAUAUUGCCUUUCUAAACCAUGUUUGUUAAGGCAAUUAUUUUUACAGGAUCCUGCCAAAUCGUAUAUUACCUCAGAAUAGGCAGGACACGUUUGGAUUCAUCUAGCACUGGAACACAGAAAAUCUGCUCAAGUUGAACAGAGACCAACAGAACAGUCUAUUUUUUAAUUUUUUUAUCAAAGUUUAAGCUGUGAAUUAAGAUAAAAUUUUUGGUCAUACAACAGUACUCCAUUGUUAUAUGGAGUCAAGUGAUAUUCUGAUCAGCCCAGUGUAAUGAAGUUAAGACUGACAAAAUCAACUUCUGAUGCUUCUAAGUGUUGUUAAGAACAGAAUUUGGUAAAUAUAAGUCAUGUUUAAACUUACUUUUGACCCGUCUGGAUUGCAGUGAUGAUUGAAAUAUUUUGAAAAUUUAAAAUAUUUCUUGCUGUCACUUUCCAGUGUCCUGAAGAAAAAUGGCUUUUGAAAUUUUGAAAUUAAUAUUGAGUGAAACAGUUACUAGGCUUUUACCACAAUGUGCUAUCAGUAGUAACUUGAGUUCAUAAGCUCUAAGGAGAAAAUUGAACUUUCUUCUAUUAAGGUAGGGUUAUGGACUGGUGGGGUGCGAACACCCGUUGCAGUGUGAGUGAGCUGUGUUUAAAGGGAUUAUUUCAGUACGGUCAGAGCUUUGCCUGUGUGAACCUAGAGUUCACUUUUUUGGCACCAUCUUUGUAGCAGUGUUGCUUUUUUUUCCUCCUUUUCAGUUGUUUUUUUUUCAGUUGCUUGCAUUUUAGGCAAAUUAAAGUGAUGGCGAAUUUCAAAGACAAGAAAAUGAGAUUCAGAAUCCAAAUUAUCACAACGACAUGUUCGUAUUAACUUCCCUUUUUAUUGAAAUAUGAAAUUAUGUCAGAGAUAGUUGUACACUGCCACAGAUAACAAACAAAUGGGUAGCUGGAGUUUGGCUGUCUUUGUCUGUUGUUAUGUCAUUAGAUCACAUACUGUCUAAUACACUGCACAAUUUUAUUCUUAAAGUACUACUAAGCUUUAUGUUAGUCUUAUGAUCCCAAAAUCUUCUCAUGACAACUUCACUAAAGUGUAUGCAGCUUUCCUCUAGGGCCACUCCAAUCCACUGGGAGAUGGUAGGGAUUGAAUUACAGUGAGCUGUCUGAUUUCUUACAUCAGGUGAUGUUAAAAGUUGGGCAGUAAUAACGAGAUUAAUUUCUACCUUUUCUGGUCAGAGCUGUGGCAGGCGUCAAGGAUGAAAUAGCUUGUCUCCUUUUGUAGAAGUAGAUUCUUCAAGAAUAAGAAAUACAGUGGGGGGGCAGGGGCAUUGGUAAGUACUGUUACGAUGUGCUGCACCUCUGCUCUGUGAAGUCUCUUGUUGAUGCAGGACGUGGGGUGGGAGCGGAGGGUUUGUGUGUCGGGGUGUGUGAGAAGCUGCGCUGCCAGAGCAGAACCCAUCAGCUGAACAACCCUAGGCCAGCCUGGCUGAGCAGGUCACCUCUGUUGCAUUCAGAGCUGGACAGACGUGGCAUGUCUCCCUAAGAUGCUGUUCGGCUUGAGUUCUUAGUUUGGAGGAACCUUACUGUGCUGUGUGCAGUAGUAGCUUUCUGGAUGCGAGUUCCAGCUAGAUACAAAGACGGUGUCAGCAGAAAUUGUUGGGUAAGCUCCCGGCGCCCACACAGGUGUGAAUUCAGGGGAGAGCAGGGUGGGGGCAGCUGUGGCCACAGCACCCUCUGCUGCCUCAGUGUCCAAGUGGGGGGUUACCGUUGUGGGUUUGUUUUAUGGAAAAUUGCUUCUCUGAACACAGGCUAUUUCAUUAGAGCACAAAUUAAAUUAGUGUAAUGCCCUACGUUAAUGUAUAUGGCAUCUCAACACUGUGGGAAGAAAAGUGAUCGAAAAGCUAGUACAGGAGGAUAGUUUCGGCCCAACCAAUCGUCCAAAGCAUGUUUCUCUAUUAAGAUUAUUGGGCAAAGGGGAGAAGUAGGUUCAGCUUACAGUUGGUCUUACUGUUUCAAGCUGCUAAAGGGAGUGAAUUACUCUUUCUAGGUGUGUUUUUAUUUGCUGUGGACAGCAGCUUGUCCGUGCCGUUUUAUUUGGCUAUCAGUGUUGUCGUUCUUACAUAUUUAGUUUGAGAACUGGAGUUGAAGGAGAGCUGUCUGCAUUUUUCAGUAGGGUUGGAAUGAGGGUUUUAAUGAAGAAAUGUGAUGAGACACUACUGCCUACCCAAAUUUUCAAUUCAUUUAAUUUAUUCUUAGUUAAGGGCACUGGAUAAAUGUGGUGUUUUAAGUGACCUCUUUCACUUGCUUCUCUUCUUCAGAGAUCUCUGCAUUACAGAAAUGUGUUAUGAAUCAGAUCACAUGGUGUUUCUACUUUUGCAGUUAAAAAUUUAAGCUAGGUUUUCUUGAACUACCUCACAUGAACUUUCUACGUUUCUUAAGCAAGCAAAGCUAACCCUUGCUAUUGGAACUACACUGAAUGUGAAUAGAAAAAUACACUUCCUUUAGAAAAUAGACCUAUUGGCCAAUGUUGGGACAGUAUCAGUAAGUAUGUUUCUUAUAUAUUUCACGUAAGAUGUUCAUGUGUAAUAUAUAGCUUGUGUACAAUAAUGUACAUCUAGAAUAUUGUGUUAGCUGUAAAUUGGUGGUUUUAUUAUUGUAGUCUGGUUUUGUAGGUAAAAAUAGCUUACUAGUAAUGUCAGCUCAUCCUUUACAUUUUACAAAAGGAAUAAUUCUUGGUAAGCUUUGCAUACAGAUGAAUUACUUUUGUAGGCCCAAUAUCUAGUCUAUUUUUGAGAGUUCUUUAGCUUUUAUUACUAAAGUUGAGAAAAAAAAACCCUAGUUAAUGCGAUCAUUCCUUCUGCCCCCUUUGAAGUAUAUUCUUAAUUUUAUUUUGUCCCAAGAAAUAUGAAGAGGAAGAUACACCAUUAAAAAUACUGGGGAAAGUUGUAAUUUAUUUUUUUCUCUUCCUCACAUUUGAUACCUUUUCCUGCUUUUCCUUUAUUCCCUCCAAAUAAGCUGUUGGUGGGGCAUUACUGAGAACAUUGUGGUUUUUUUACUCAUUCAUGCCAUAGGUCAUUACAUGUGCACCACUGGAAUGUAUACAUUGUUAUAUAGUAUGUCAAUUGGUUAUAAUGAUAUUUUAAAUAAAAAAGCAAAAAAAAAGUUUGA